AUGGAGACCAUCAAGUGCUGCAUCGCGUGCAUCCUGCCGUGCGGGGCGCUGGACGUGGUGCGGAUCGUGCACUCCAACGGACGCGUGGAGGAGAUCAGCGGGGGGCCCGUGCUGGCCGGGGAGAUCAUGAAGGCGUACCCCAAGCACGUCCUCCGGAAGCCGCCGUCCACGUGCCCGGCCGACGGCGGCGGCGGCGGCAUCGUCGUGCAGAAGCCCGUCAUCCUGCCGCCCAAUGCCGAGCUGCAGAGGGGCAAGAUCUACUUCCUCAUGCCGGUCAUGGCCACCACCCCGGCCGCGGCGCCCGCGCCCGAGAAGCCCGCCGCGAAGCUACAGCCGCCGGCGCCGGCGACGCCCGCCGGCCAAACCGCGGCGGCGGCUGCUUCGGUGGCGAGGAGGCGGCGCCGGAGGAAAGACCACACCGCCGCACGGGACGGAGCGGCCGCCGCCUGCAGCAGCGGGGCCGCGGCCGGGCCGGCGCCGGCGGAGGACGAGAAGGAGCGGCUGCUGGCCAACGAGAGGUACCUGUCGGAGAUCAUGAAGGAGAAGGCCUCCACGGCGAGGGAUCGGCGGCGGGGGCGCGUCGCCGUGUGGCGGCCGCACCUGGAGAGCAUCACCGAGGAUGACUUGUAA